AAUCUGCCACCAGAAGCAACAAACAAAACCCAUCAAAACUUCCACCAAGUCAAAUCACACCCACCUCCCACUCCACCUCCAAACCCACAGCACCAACAGCAACAAUUCUUCGCAAUCCAAAAAAUCGAAAUCGUAUAAAACGUUGCAGUUUCGACACAAUCAAUCUCAAAUCCAGAGCUCUGGCUAAAUGGCAACUUCAUUGCGCUUGUAUUUAACAUGUAUACGGAAUACUUUAGAGGCAUCCUUGUGCCUGCAGAACUUCCCUUGUCAAGAAGUUGAAAGGCAUAACAAACCAGAGGUCGAAAUGAAGACGAGCCCGGAACUUUUGCUAAAUUCUAUUUUGAUAUGUAGAAAUGAGGCUGAAAAGUGCUUAAUAGAAACAUCUAUUAAUUCAUUGCGUAUUAGCCUCAAGGUAAAGCAGGCAGAUGAGCUUGAAAACAUACUAACUAAAAAAUUUCUUAGAUUUUUAUCAAUGAGGGCAGAAGCAUUUCAAGUGUUGAGACGAAAGCCUGUACAGGGUUAUGACAUUAGCUUUCUAAUCACAAACUUCCACUGUGAGGAGAUGCAGAAACACAAACUCAUCGAUUUUAUUGUGCAAUUCAUGGAAGAUAUUGAGAAGGAGAUAAGUGAAUUGAAAAUGUCUGUGAACACACGAGGGAGGCUGGUUGCUACAGAGUUUCUGAAGCAAUUUAUUUAAUUAUGAUGCCAGUGCUAUUUAUCCAAACAUUGAAUGCCCGUGACACAGCCUGAGACUGUUUUUGGGUUAGUGUAUUUAGCAUGCCUGCUUCCUCCAGUCAUUCGUUUUAAUGUCUUGUAAAAUUGUCGUGGUGUGAGAUGUAAUUUUCCAUCCUCAACUUGAGUCAUAUUGAUAAACCAUCUUUCCCCCUAGUUUGAAAGACAGGCCAAUCAAUCAAUGAUCGAAAGUCACAAUUCA